GUUAUUUGUUAAAACAUUAAAUUUUCGCUUUAUAGUACCAUAGUGUAUAUUCUAUAUAUAAUUAUAAACUAUUCAAAAAUAUUCUUUAAUUUAUCUUUGAACUUCAAUUUCUAUGACCUAUAAAUAUUAUAACAUAUAUUAUUAAUUAUUAUGGAUAUAGAUAUUUGCAAUAUUUAUCAAACAUUAUGUUUAAAAAACAAAAUACCAUCCAACGAAUUUAUUGUAUCAUGUUUAUACAAUGCAAGUGUUUAUGGUGAAUUAAAUUUGAAGAGCACUACAAUAACAAAACAUUCUUGUUCAUUGAUAGCCAAAACUUUAAAAUAUGCAUCAACUAUUAAUAUUUUGAAUUUGUCUGAUUGUCUACUACCAGUUAAUGGGUUGAAGGACAUUUUAAAUUCAGUGAAUUAUUUAACAAAUUUAAAGAUAUUGAAUUUAAAGGGAAAUCAAAUUGGAAAUACUCUAACUACAUAUAUUUCUAAAAUAUUAUUAAAUAACAAUAAUAUUACAGAACUACGAUUGGAUUGGAAUAAUAUUGGUGACUCAGUUGAUACAUUUUCCCAGUUGUGUCAUAGUUUAAAGUCAAAUACAGUUUUAAAUAUUUUAAUUUUGGCAAAUAAUAACCUGUGUCAAACAUGUGGUUAUCAUUUAGCUAAAAUGUUAAACAUAAAUAAAAGUUUAAAGAAUAUCGAUUUAAGUUGGAAUUGUGUAGGUGAAACAGGAGCAGAAUUAUUAAUGAAAUCUUUAAAAAACAAUGAAAUUCUUUUAGAACUAAAUAUUCAAGGAAAUUCUGUAUCUAUGGAAAUGUCUUCUAUGAUAGCUGAACAACUAAAACAGAAUAAAUCAAAUGAAAUUAAUCAAAAAGAAGUUCAAGUUAGAAACUUAAGUCUCCUUGAACAUGUAGCAUCAGUAGAUAAAAAUUAUCAAACACAAUUGAACAUUCUUAACAAUCAAUAUCAUAAUCGUGUCGAUGAACUACAAUCAAACCUACAACUUCUCCAAUUAAAAAAUCAAGAACAAAAACAAGAACUUGAAGAAUUAAAAAAAAAAAGUUUAAAAGACCAAGAAAAUUAUAUACUUAUUUCAAACCAAAUUAAAAAGAUAAAAUCAGAGGCAUCUUUUAAUAAACAAAGUUUAAACUCACUUAUAACAAAAAUAAGCAAUGAAAUUCCAAAUUCUGAUAUGGAAUACAUGAAUUUAGAGGACUUAGAUAAAAUAUUUUAUAUUAUUUCAAAAAUUAAAAAAAACUGUGACAUUAAAGUUUUACAAGAAAAAAAAGAAUGCCAACGAUUAAUAGAAGUUUUACCAAAAUUGACAAAUGAACUAAAGACAUUAAAAGGAGAAUGGGAAAAUUUUAAAUCUUCAACAGAACUAAACAUAAAAGAUUAUUCUGAUGAAUUAAUAGCUAUUAAAAAGUUACUUCUUACAAAUAUGUAUCAUCGUAAAAUUUCAAAUAAAAUUAGUAAUGAAAUAAAUAUGAACAAUUUAAUUAGACAACAAGAAGAAAUAAAAAUUUACGAUAAACAGACAAAUGUGUUACUUUUGUUAAAUACAAAGAUAAAAACUCUACAUAAAGAAAAGUCAGAUUUAGAAAUUAAAUUAGCAGAAGCUGAAAUAAAAUCUGUUGAAGCUAAUGAGACAAUGAAAGUACUUCAAAAAAAUUUGAUAUUGGCUAAAGAUGAAUUGAUAAAGUUAAAUAAAACAGAACUUUAUAAUAUAGCUGCUCAAACAACAAGUGAUACAUUAGCCAAGGAAAUAGAUAUUUUAAAAACUAAUUUUGCUGAAAAAGAUAAUCAACUAAGACUCUCUAAAAUAGAAAUAGAUAAAAUUAAUAUCAAUCAUGAAACUGAAUUAAUAAAUCUUGAGAAAAAAUUUCAAUCAGAAUUUCAAGCAUUUAAAGAAAAAAGGAAAGAAGAUUUAAACCAAAGUGAGAAGAUGUGUUUAAUGUUUCAAAAAUAUGUUGCUAAAUUGAAAAAAGAUAACUUGCAAUACAUGAAUAAUGACCAGUAAAUACAUAUUAAAGGAACAUCCUUAGAGGUAAAAAUCAAAUUUGGCGCCCAAUUAUAAAACGUCUUUGCAUCUACCACAGUUCAGUGUAACCAACGAAACACAAGAAUUAUGAUAUGAUUUUUUGCGAUAAUGAAUCUUGGGUAUUAGGAUCACUC